CGGACGAUGAGGUGCAGCGAAAGUAACUGAGCUAUUAUGCCGCGGAGUAUAUAAGGCUCAGUCUAGAAAACGAAGCGGUUCAGUUAGUGGUUAUACGCCACAUCAAAACAUACGCGAACUCAACGAUGGAUAUCAAGCUCGCCAUCGUCUUAGUGGCAUUGGCCACGCAAGUGAGUUGCACCGAGAAGAGUAAAGCAGCGGAAGAGAGUGUAUCGCCAAAGGACUCUGUAUCCGAGUCAACGGAGAAGAAGACGGAGAAACGAGGAUUGCAUGGUAGCUACGGUGAUCUGGGUGGUGGUGGUGGUGGUGGCGGCGGCGGCGACCUGGGCGGAGGCGGUGGCUACGAACAUCACGAGGAAGUGAAGGCCGUGACCGUGGUGAAAAAAGUACCGGUUCCUUACGAGGUGACGAAGCACGUGCCCUACCUCGUGGAGAAACAUGUCCCGUACGAAGUGAAGGUCGGUGUACCACAGCCGUACACUGUGGAAAAGCACGUUCCAUAUCCCGUGAAGGUGUUCGUGAAGGUGCCUGUACACGUGCCCCAGCCUUACACCGUUGAGAAGAAGGUGCCUUACGAGGUCAAAGUACCAGUGGACAAACCAUACGAGGUAAAGGUGUUGGUCCCACAACCGUAUACCGUGGAGAAGCACAUACCUGUACCGGUUAAAGUGCCUGUACCUCAGCCGUAUACUGUAGAGAAGCACGUGCCGUUCCCAGUAAAGGUCAAAGUUCCUGUACCGCAACCGUAUCCGGUCGAGAAACCGGUGCCAUACGAAGUUAAGGUACCAGUGGACAAACCGUACCCGGUCACCGUACCUAAACCGUAUCCGGUCACUGUCGAGAAACCGUACCCAGUACCGGUCGAUAAACCUGUACCAUACGAAGUUAAGGUACCUGUGGACAAACCUUAUCCCGUGCCAGUAGAGAAACCUUAUCCCGUACCUGUCAAAGUACCUGUUCCUCAACCGUACCCUGUACAAAAACCUGUACCGGUCCCGGUCCCAAAACCUGUCCCGUAUCCUGUCAAAGUACCUGUGGACAAACCAUACAUCGUAGAAAAGGAAGUACCUGUACCUGUGGAGAAGGAGGUACCGGUUCCAGUCAAGGUACCUGUACCAGUGCCGAUACACGAAGGACAUGGGGGCGGAGGUUACGGAGGAGGCGGUUACGAAGGUAUUUCUGGGUAUGGAGACGGAGGCGGAUAUCAUCAUCGUUGAUUUCUUCGAGUGAUCGAGACGGUUUCUUCGAUAUGAUAAGAUUUUUAAUAUACGCGCUGCUGGAUCUCUGGGCAAUUGUCUCUUUCUCUCUUUUCGCGAACGUAAUGAUAACGAAGAAAAACCGUCGAUGAAAUUUAACGAAGAUUUCAAUAAUCUUCUUCUUUUUUUUUUUUAGCUCUUCCUUUUUUUUAUUAUCCAAAAAAGGAAUAAGGAAAUAUCGAGAUGAAACUCGUUGUCUCACAUAAUAGCAAUAGUAUGUUGAAGAUACAUGAUCGCGUGUAUCUUCAUAUGGGGAGAACGAGGUAAAACAUUUCUUGAUUUUCUGUAGUUAGUGCUUCUCUUGAGCGUAACGUGUCUUUCAGAUUUAUGUAAUUUAAGAAGCUGUUUGUAUAAUUGAAUGAUAUUAACGAUUUCUUGGUGACAGCGUCAAUGUUUGGUCAUAAUAAUUUUGUUAAAAUUUGUACGAUUAAUCUGCUUUCGGUCUUUGAAUUAAAGGGAUGGAUUUCAAAUAGAUAUGAAAAAAUAAUUCUUUUUUUUAGAUUUCAGCUAAUAUUUUCUAUCAUUGAAAUAUAUCCAAUAAAUUCUUGAAAUCCAUCUCGUUUAUGUGAUAAUGAAUAUUAAUAUCUAAACAAUACUUUUAACAUCCAAUAAGAUUGCACAAUUUUAUUUAAAAAAUUAGGUGAACUUCUUAAAAGAUUAAAUAAGACAAAGAGAAUGGAGAUAAGUAUGAUCACCAUUGAUAUAAAAAUUUAAAUAUACGUGUCGUAUUUUUUUUUUUUUUCUUUCCUUAAGUUGUUCCAAAGAAAACAUUAACACCGGCGUUUAAGAAAACUUUACGAACGUAAAUUAGCCGAUGUAAAAUAAACGCCACCGAGAAAUUAUAAUUUCGUACUGGCGAACUACUCUUGUACCUAAUUUAAGUUAAGAUACUCAAACGAAAUAGAGUGUCUUUUUAUAUCAAAGAUUUUUAAUAAAUACUCGUCUAUCAUUUUA